AUGGCUCCUCGAGCUGGCUUCAAUACGGACCAGAUAAAGGACAAAGCGCGCAAGGACCUCCUUUACCUGCUCGAGGCUGUUCGCGGAAAGAAGAACCUCAUUCUUGAGCGCAGCUUGGCCGGUCCAAUCGGCACUAUCGUCAAAGUCGCCACUCUCCAAGAAUACGGCGUAGACAAGUUCUUCUUCCUCGAGAACAAAAACGCCGACACCAGCCAGCGAAAUGUCAUCUUCAUAGCCCGCGGAGAGUCAGCGCUCCCCACUAUGCGAACUCGCGAGGCCUUCUGCAAGUGGCAGCCGAGAGACCUCACACUCUCGCGCUUGGGUCUCGUUAUCCGUGUUCCUGGUUGA